AUUUGCAUUUGCGCAUCUGUUAAGCGGAGGGUGGAGAGAGUUGCCUGUUGCCUUAAGGUUAAUAAAUACGUCUCUUUUUCUCUACUUUCUGUCGCUAAUAUUGUCCACUUACAACUUCUCAGGCAGUACACGCACCUUUUGUCGAAAAGUACUUCGACUUUAUGUAUCGUUACAGCCAAUAACAACAGUAACACCACAGGCAGUAGCUCUGCUGCGACAGGCGCCAACAGUUCAACAGAAGCGAAUGCAACUGUCUUGGCAAGGGCCCUCUUUGAUAACAGUGCAGAGGUGGCACAGGAACUCACAUUUUCUAGAGGAGAUGUACUCACAGUGCUUAAGAGAGACCCUCCUGGAUUUGAGGGUUGGUGGAUUUGUAGCCUCGCAGGCAGAGUUGGAAUCGCGCCUGGAAACCGACUAGAAAUAUUGGGGUCCAUCAAAGUGAGUCCCUUCAUCACUAAUAACACCUCCCGUUGA